GGUGAAGCCGGUUAAGACCAUCAUGCUUGCCAACUCUGCUGUGUAUAUCAAUGGAAAGCAACGAUAUGCAGUGAAUGGUGUGUCGUAUACCUCCCCUGACACCCCUUUGAAGCUGGCGGACUACUUUAACAUUGGAGGUGUAUAUAGCAUUGGAAGCAUCUCCGAGAGACCUAAUUGGGGAAACGCGUAUCUUGCUACCUCUGUCAUCCAAGCUAACUACCGGGAUUACGUAGAGAUCGUGUUUCAGAACUGGGAGAAAACUGUGCAGUCAUGGCACAUGGAUGGAUAUUCAUUCUUUGUUGUUGGAAUGGACGGAGGCCAGUGGACUGAAGCAAGCAGAUCGCGCUACAACUUGAGGGACACCAUCGCCCGCUGCACCACUCAAGUGUAUCCAAGUUCUUGGACUGCCAUUUAUGUAUCGUUGGACAACGUGGGAAUGUGGAACAUAAGAUCCGAGGAAUGGGCGAGGCAGUAUCUGGGGCAGCAGCUGUAUCUCAAGGUGUACACCUCAUCGACAUCGUAUAGAGAUGAGCUUCCGAUACCCAAAAACGCUCUGCUGUGUGGGCGAGCGAAGGGGCAUCGCACCAGACCUUUGUAGAAGACGCGGCACACUCAUGGUCACGAGAGGGUGACUGAGCUUACCGUAGCAGCUGAAUUUGAGCUCUCAGUUUGAUUCUUGACUAGUUUAUCAGAAUUGAUUUUGUACCACAUU